CACUCAUUUCUGUGCUGCCAUUGAAGCUGCCAAGGAGCAGAGACAAAAUGGAUGUUGGUGUGGCCUUGUUCCUGUCUGAAGACACAUUUAUCAGCAGCGUCUCCACCUUCUUCACCACAGCAUGCAUCCUCUUCAUUAGUUAAGAUUUCUUGCAUUUUUUUUUAUUUGCAAUCCACAUUGCUUUAAAAUUUUAUUUUUUGCUUCUUAAAACUUUGAUAUAUUAACAGAAGAUUUGGAAAAUAUGGAAUUUUAAAUGUGGACUUUUACAAUACCCUUAGAAUCAACUUUAACUAAAGGAUAUUUCAAAGACAUAUCACUCUGAGUCUGUCCUUAAUUCUGUAACAAACAAAUACACGCAGGUUUUGUUUAUUUAUAAAUAAACACAAAGACUUCAUCCUCAGUCAACACUUCACACACAGUGUCCAACAUAAUGAACCACACACAUAUGAUUGUUGUUCCUACUUUAACAAGAUGUACAAAAAUGCAAGGCUAGAGCUGCAUUAAUGUAAAUCCUGUGUAUUUUUCAGCAACUUGACACAAAUAUAAUUACACCUUUAAGUUUACACAUCCCACACAGAAAUCAAGGCAGCCUGCUGUUUUGCUGGUAUUGUUCAGAGCCGAAUUAUUAUGGCUUUAAUUGUGGUAUUUUGUUUGAUUAAUGAAGUGGUUCUCACCAAAUCUGUGGCAUUGCUUUGGCCGCUCUCUCCUGAAACACAAGAAAAAUAGCACCAUGGAGGAAGGGAGCGGAUGAAAAUAGCUCAGUAGGCAAUCGCUGACUCAUAAGGCAGAGCUGGGAGUCAGGAAGCCAUCCAUUCCUGUGUGCAUCACAUCAACUGGCUGUUGUGUAACUCUGGCACUGCCCGUAAAUCAAACGGCUCUUAAUGUGCACAGCUCCGUCCAACAUACAGCCUUUUGUGUAAACAUCCCAUCUGCAGCUGCAUAAAGAGAGGGCUCGGACAUCACAUGGUCCAUUCAUCACCACUGACAGCAUCGCCUCCAGUCCUUGAGGCCAAGGACUGGAGUAGACAAGGCCAGUUGACUGUUAGUCAUAGUGGUCAGCUACAGUACGACCUCGGCUCAUUCAUCAUGCAGGGCAUGAAGUGUAGGUUGAUGAAGCUCAGCCUCCAAUACUGAAACGGAACAUAAGUGUGAAGCAGGCUCAUAUGUAAAUGAGACCCGGAUUUACAUAUCAGCAGCAGCAGCAGUGACAGCAGUAACAGCAGCGACAGCAGCAGCAGCAGCAGCAGUGACAGCAGCAGCAGCAGCAACACACACUGGUUAUUCAUACAGCCAAUGAGCUUUCCUCCGUUCUUAGUACAAAACCAGACAGUGAGCUAUGUAUGGGUUUCUGAAAAUCAUUAAAACUGCAGGUUGGUGCGAGAAUGAAGGUUUCAUACAGAGCAGAAGAUUCUGGAAGUUCUCUUAUAAAUGCACUGUAGCAGGACGUAAACAGUUUCAGUUUUAAAAAUAGACCUAAGCCCAAAACAGUUCCACCUGAAGGGGACACUUUCUUUACGGAACCAGCCCAAAAAUACAUCUGACACGUUGCUGUUUGCUGUGUUUGCAACCCCAGCAGAUACAGUACCAUGUACUCUAGAAGACACAGUACUUACAUGUGUUUCUUAGGUUACGCAGGGCGAGAUUUCAGUUCUUGCUAUUGUCAGUGUGUAUAAAUAUAGAUAGAUAGAUAGAUAGAUAGAUAGAUAGAUGGAGGGAUGGAUGGAUGGAUGGACGGACGGACGGACGGACAGACAGACAGACAGACAGACAGACAGACAGAUAGACAGAUAGAUAGACAGACAGACAGACAGACUUGGUCUGGAAUCAUCUUUGAUGUCAGAACUGCAACCAAAAAUGACAAAAACAGUUUAUGCUUAUUAUAGAUAUUUUAGGGCAAACAUUUAGCCUUUCUUCCUGUUACCAAAACUGAGAACUAGCUGGAGAAGCUAAUGCCAGACAGAAGCAUUAACAGACCUCAGAUCUGCUGUGACGCAACACAACUGUUGAAGUACUGAGCUACGGAAAACCGAAGAGCAACCACACCGAAGGACUUUGCACAUUAAACAUUACAUAAUCUACAUCUGUUUAUUGCAGAUUGCAGCCCUGCAGCGAUGAUGCAUAAUUGAUGCAUUAGUGUUUGGCAGCUGUCAGUGGUCCGACAGCUUUAGAGGUACAUGAAGGUCACACCAGGGGUGCUGCAGCGUUUCCCUCAAUCACAUCUUUAAUCACACUCUCCACCAGUCACUGAGUGUUUGGUGCUUAGAAUAGAAAAUAGAACAGAUAAAACAAGUACAGAUUUAAUUUACUAUAUUUGAAGAUAAACAUUGAGGAAUUAAUCAUAAUUCAGAUUAAUAAUUCAUGUUCAACCAUCCAUUAAUUAGGCCUAAUGACUGUGAUUAAUCAGAUUAAAAAAUGUGAUCACCUGACAGCGCUAAAACAAACACAAGAGAAUCAGGGUAUUUUGUAUGUCAAUUCAUUACAUCUACCCCCAUCACCCCCCACCCCCCCAUCUUUUCAAGUGCAUGUGCAGGGCAGUUAUCGUGCAUCUAAUAGAACAAGCAGCAGUGAUGAAGCUGCUGCUCCGCACAGACAACAGUGAGUCAUUGAUCGUGCUUCUCUUCAUUUUUCAUUAACCACAAACUGUGCGGAUCAUCAGAUUCCUCUGUGAUGAUUCUAAAUAUCAUUUUCCAAAACAUGACCAAGUGAGUAAUAAUGUUUCAAAUAAAUGCGCUGUCUGUGUGAGUAAAUGGAUAAUUGUAAUCUCCACCAGAAAGACAUAGUAUAUGAAAUAACCUGAAAUAUUCUGGUUACUUGUAGUAUUUACAGUUACAAACGACCUUUGUGUCCACAGGUUGAGACUCCUCUGAAUGAUGCAGUCUCUGUUCAGUGGAGGGGAGCUGGAGCUGCUGGGAGGAGGCGGCGACGCCGGUGGCCUGAAGGAGGACGGCUGUGGCAGCGUAGUGUGGCGCUCCCCACCCCUGCCCCCGGACGAUGUCUACGCCCCCAACCACUUCCCCCUCAUCACGGCCUAUCAGGACAUCAAGACCAGGCUGGCCUGCUUGGAGCGAGAGAACACCAGCAUCAAGAGGAAACUCAAGAUCUAUGAGAUCAAGUUCCCUAUGAUCAGCGAGUUUGGGGACGACACCAACUCCUACUGCUCCUUUGAAAGCAAAGAGACAGUGCUGCUGCACUCGGAAAAUGACAAUCUGCAGCAGAGAGUCAACGUCCUGACCCAUGAGCUCCAAAAGAGGAAGGAGAGGGAGGAGCAGCUGGAAGACGUGAUCCAGGCCUACGAGAAGAUUCACAUGGAGAAAAGCAACCUCCAGAGGGACCUGGACAAGAUGACCAGCCUGGUGGAAAAGCAUGUGGAGCGGAUCCUGAACCUGGAGUCAGCUCUGAGGCAGAGAGACAACUCGCUGCAGAAACUCAACAUGCAGCUGCACAGCAAGGACAUGCAGUACCUGCAGCUGCACGCCGGUCCAGACGCUCACAUGCUGGACUGUCCAGCUCUGACCCUUCAGAGCUCCCGCAGCCUGGACACCCUGUCAGACCUGAAGUUGCAGAGGCUGGAGGCCGAGCUGGAGGGGGCGAGGCACGAGGCUCAGGGGGCUUGUCAGAGGGAAGUGGAGAUGAAGGUGGAGUGUGAGCGGCUGAAGGAGGAGAUGAGGCAGCUGCAGAACAGCCAGAGGGAGAGGGAAAUGACUUCACCAUGCAAGCAGUGUGAUGUGGAGUGGAUAAAGAAGGUGGGAGAUGAGCAGGUGAACCUGGCUCUGGCCUACACAGAGCUGACAGAGGAGCUGGGGCGCCUCCAAGCACUGAGCUCCAAGCAGACGGAGAUCCUGAGGAAGGCCUCACAGGAGCAGGCCAGUCCAGUUCAGCGUCACUCUCCUAUCCAACACCAGCGCCACUCUCCGGUCUCUCAGCGCCACUCUCCCAUUUCACAGCGCCACUCCCCAGUUCCUCCUCAACCGCACCACUCUCCAAUCCAACAGAGACGCUCCCCAGUGCUGCAGCGUCUCUCACCUGACAUGCAUCGUCGCUCCCCUCUACUGGACGUCAACGACGGACCUGCCUCUUACUCCUGCCGGCCACCCAGCCAGCACCUACGCGCCAGCUUCCAGGGCCGCCGCAGUUACUCAGAGGUCGCCGACCCCUCAGCUUACCAGUGCCCGCCUCGCUUCUCUCUGGACCCCAUCUCCACGCUGCCAAAACCUCGGCCCUAUGUUGAGAGCUACCAAAAACAAAAACAAGCUCAACUUGUGGGCUCUCCCCGAGGCGGACUUCAGCACAGGGGUUCCCCCUCACCUCAUCAAGGUGGUGCAGGUGGAGACGGUGGUCUCUUGGAGAGCCCCAUGCGCCACUCUAGAGAAAUGCCAUUCCCACUUUCUGAAGUGGCCCACCUUCAUUUUGAGCCCCCUCCACCUUCUUCACCCGCCCCUCAGCCUCCGCAAUCCUCUGAGGAUGAGGAGGAGUGGACCUGCCCGCAUCCCAUCAGCCCCCCCAGGACCCUGGGAGUGCUUCCUACAGCGGUGCCCAACAGUGUCAUGAGAGGCCCGGCGUCCUGCUCGGCUUUUCCCAUCCCUCAGAGGUCCAACACCCUCAGCUGCCACCCACAGCUGGGAUACAUGUCAGCUGAGCACGCUCAGUCCUGGCCUUCCAUCAACCUCUGGAUGGAGACUGAGGAGAGCGACUUGCGCAGCUGCCCUCUCUGCCAGCUGAUAUUCCCUGUUGGUUACCCCGACGAUGCUCUCAUCAAGCACAUCGACUCCCACCUGGAGAACAGCAAGAUCUGAUCACCAUGGCAACAAGUCCACAUCCACAUCUGCACUCUCCUCUUAUGUAUAAUAUAAGGGGAUCAACAGGCCUGGUGAUGUGCAAAGUCCACCUCAGAAUUAUACUUUACCCUAUGGUGGGGAUGUCAAACGGCACAGGAACUCUUUUUUUUUUUUUUUUUUUUUUUAUGGGUUGUUUUACACAGAGGUCCAUCUUGGAGUUGUGAGUCUACAUGAACUAAUGUCAUAAUGGCCCCUAGGAUAUUCCUGCCUGUUUGAUCACCAGGUCUGGUUGCAGAUCUUUUGACUCUUGUCGUGCACAGUUUCAGGUAUCGUGUCGUUUUGCGCAUCACAGUUCAGGAGCUCUGCAUGUCAAAGAGUUGUUGUCAGUGUUGAAGAGGAAACGAUCAGGGAGACCUCAGCAUCAGACACACUUCAUUUCUCACUCUGAGCUUUAACGUCUGUACUCUGUUAUAGUAUACUUCAGUGUGAUGAGUGCCAGGGACCAUGGCUGGGUUCACGGUGGUUUGUUACUCUUUGAUUAGUAUGCAGUACAGUACAGUACAGUACAGUAAGAGGCAGGGAUGAGUCAUACUAACAAAGUUUUAGGUUUUAAUACAGAAGUCUUGAGAGGAUGUUGCUGCAAAGAACUUCAUAUUCUGACUACAGUUCACGUUUCCAAAACCUGUGGAAAUGUAUACUUUUCUAUUACAACUAAAAGGGUAAUCAGGCUUUUUUUUUUCCAACACAGCAGUGUUUUUUUGUUUUGUUUUAUGCAGUCACCAGUAAAAACCUUUGGUCUCAAAUAGAUUGAGUUAAUUCAUUUGUGGCAAACUUAGCUGUUAUAAAGCCAGGGUGAAGACAAGGAUGAAAUUUGUUAACAUCCUCAAAAAUCACUACAAAUGCUACAUAACAUGAAUUGGUUUGUUACCAGACAGAAUAAAUUAGACUGUUUUGUUCAGCCCAAUCGGUAAAGUUGAUUCUCGUCCACAUUCUGGGCUGCUUCCCAGCCCCGAGACGUAGGAGGACAAAUAGGACAACUAGUCAAUAAUAUGUUCAAUAACAAGGCAGUUCUCAGUUCGUAGUCUCCCUCUGCCCCAGCUGCGUGUUACUUCCUACUUUAGUUUUUAGCAGCUGGUGGUUGAAUAAAUAUGAACAUUCUGUGGUUUACAUAUUGCAGCUAAUAAAUAACUUCUUCUGAAACAUGUACUCGUGGUGGGUGCUUGUUUCAAAACCACACACGUUGUGUUGUUAAAACCUGGUUACAUAGCAUUUGUAAUAGAAUUUUGGGAAUUCUCUAAGAUAAAGACGAACAGUUUGCCACUCCAUUGUCACCGUUACAAACACCUAGGACAGUAGGACUACUGAGUCGGAGUUUGUUUGUUUUUUUACUAAAUGUUUGUACUCAGUGACUACAAACAAUAUUCCUGGGUGUGUAAAUCUGCCUGAUUUCUUCUUUAACAACGUAAAACAUUCCAGUUUCACACUUGUUUAAAUGGAAACACUGAAUGUGAAGGUAGAGUUGAAUCACUUAGGUGGUUUUACUCUAACUGUCUCUAAUGCUGCCCUGCAGGGCGGGGCAUAAACUCAGAUGCUCCUUCUCUAGGAAGGGAGAACAUUUUUGUCAGAAUCUAUUAUUGUGCUUGCAGCCUGGUCAAAAAAAAAAAAUCUAUGUAUAUUAGCACUUUAAGUUAGCAAUGCCUAUAUCAUGUAUCUGGUUUAAUAUAUAUAUAUAUGUAUAUGUGUAUACUCAGUGUAUAAUUUGAUAAUUUUCUCUUUGCAACAAGAAAAAAAAAGAUAUAUUUUUGCAGAUCUUGAUGCACCUACUUUGGUGAAGUUUCUCCCACACGCUUGCAGAGUGACUUUUUAGUUUUAAGACCAACAUUCCCCAGCUCUGUGUACAAAGACAUUUUGGGAUUCUCCUCGGUCUUCCUAAAGAUCAACACUGCCCUGUUAGUAACAACACAGUAACACAUACAUGUCCCUGCAUGACACCCAGCUCUGUGUACUGCUGUGUGAAGUGGUCCGGCUUUGUGAGUGCGAUAAGUUUUUAUCUCCUAGGAACUGAGGCCAAACACACCUCCUCCAACAGGCAGCAGCUUCUCUGCAGGGUUUACAGCAAAAACAAUACUUUUUUUGAUAAGUGUUGGUUUUGAUUUUUAUCUUAGAAUCUUGAUACGAGAUCUUCUCACUGAACUUCUUUUUUUGACUAAAAUUGAAAGAAAAAAACAACACAACGUUACACUGAUGUCAGCUUAUCUGAAGCUUUCACUUCCAUGCAGCUCCUAGAGAAGGGAGAUGUUCCCACUGGUGUAUUUCAAACCAGUCAGAGGAGAGGGUUUAGAGAAGCACACAGUGAGUGUGGCCACAGGUUAGUAUUGGAUUCUAAUAUAAUAAUAAGGUUAUGUUAUAAUAAGGUUUUCCAAUUUCAAAAACCAAAGGAUAAAUACAAAAAGUUUUGUUCCUGCAGGAAACUUUCAAAUAUUCCAUCUAUCAUUUUCCAAGUGCUUUAAUACACGGCUGGUGUCGGCGUUAUUUUACGUUACAUACGGAAACUAAAGGAUUCCUCAAAAGUAUAAUAUAUUAAUACACACAAAUAUAUAGACACAUGCACAUACAUAGAUAGAUAUAUGUAUGCAAAUUCAUCCUGCAUCAUCCAUAAACACAUGCACCCAUCUGUGCAACAACAGCAGACUAUAAGCCACAGUCGGGUGUUUUUUGAAUUUGUGGUAUACAAAAUCAAAUUCACACCACCACUUUUUUUCCAGUGAAGUACAGUUAGUUACUAGAAAUCCCUAUGUGUAACUGUUGUGCAUUCAAAGCACUUCUGGAUGCUGUAAUGGAAAAUGUUUCACUGAUAUGGCUGUAAUGGGUUCUUCCUCUAACCAUCCAUCAACAGCAGGAUUCAAGGUUGAUUUGUUUUGUUGUUAUUAUGACAGAGAAACACUGGAGGCAGCAGCUACAACCUGUGCUAACCAGUUUCCUGGGGGAAAUCCUGACACUUGAUUUUACAAGACUUGUAAGAUAAAAAUGAAGUACAACAUGAAAUACUGUUGAUUUUUCUUCUGCCGUCUCUUUAUAAUAACAACAAUUUCAAACCAGAUCCAAAUUAAAACACUAAUUGUCCUUUAAAUAAAGACAAGGCGAGGUGUGUAAUAUAGAAAUCAGUGAGAUAGUUCAUCAUGAGCCUAAGAGAAUACCACCAUUCUGUAUGUAUGUAUGUAUGUAUGUAUGUAUGAAACGUCAGUGUCUUGUCUGUACCACCACAACACCGUCUCAACAUGAUGAAGUGAUGUGUCAGUGAGUUCAGCUGUAAUUAGUUUUCAAUCGGUGAAUCCAAAGGACAUCCACAAGUAAAAAAAUAAUAAUCACACCUCCUUUUUUACAUCCACGAUGCAGAAAACAAAAAUUGAGUGAAGAAAAGAAACAUUCAACCAAAUGUAGAUAACACAUUCAUAUGUCAUGAAUCAUUACAUUUUGAUUUUAGCCAAUCUUGGUCAAUUCCCAAACUACUAGUAGAGUAUUAGGGUCACAAUUAAGAUCAUUUAAAAUAUUACAUUAUGAGAAUAACGUUGUACGGAAUAUUAGGGGGAAAAAAUACUGUUUUCAUUACAUUUCUGACUUUUUCAGUAACGUUACAACUUUAUUUUUAUUAAUAUACAACUUAAUUCUGUUAAUUGUAUUUUAUGAUUUUCGGUUUUAAUUCUCCAUCUCUCCAAAACUUAGCACAACCAAGUUUUUAUUUAUUAAUUUUGGUUACUUCUUUGGAUUUGGAAACUUCUACACUUUACCAACACCUGAGUUGCUGCCAUUUGUGUUUCAUCAGGUUCUUAUUUCUGCUCAGUGAGUUUCUUUUUUUUGUCAGUGUGUGACAGGGUGUUAACAACCACAACAUACUGGUUGGCCUCUUCAACACAGAACCUUGUAUCUAUCUCACAUGUGAAGUCACUGAAUCAUGCACCUGUAAGUUUGCAUCUGCAACAUGUCCUGGUUGUGCGCUUGCAAGUCGACAUUUUAUUUGGACGACCAUUUUGGAGUUUUACAUAAAAUUUAUCCAGUACUAUGUUGUCAUUUCACUCUGAAUUCCUUAAGGAUUUACUCAGGAGUCACAUGACUAGGAUUGACUUUCCCUGAGUGAAUAAUAAAUGAGGCAGUGCUGUGACACGAAGAGUUACACACUGCAGUAAUUAAUUCUCCAAAAGGCAUCGUUUGUUCCUCAACUGUGGUGGUGUUUAACCACUCGACCAGUGUGAUUUAACACAGACACAAGUAUCAACACUUUGUCACUUUGGUUUCUCUCUUUCUCUGUCUGUAAAUAACCCCAAUAACAAAGAAUAAAAAUUGUGCUGAUA